AUGCUGGGCUUCAUCAUGUUCAUGCUGUACUUCGUCUUCCUGGUGCUCAGCGUCAUGCUGGAGGACAAGGUGUGCUUGCAUUUGACUCAGCAGAAAACGUCUCAGAGGAGGCUGCAGGCCAAAUCCUGCACACUCACUUCAUCCUGUUACAAGCUGAGGCAGACUGAGAGUGAACUUUCAGCAUAUCUCAGACACAGUGGGCGAGUCAUCACCAGAAGUUCCCUGUCCGGCUGUUUUCAUGUGGAGAGUAACUGUCGUGACUCUCUCCUCAGUGACCUUAUGGUGCAGUGUGCAGCCGCCAACCUUAACACACCUCCCGCUCUAGCACCGCCAGUCACACACCGGCUGCUGCUUGCUGCUGGGCGGCGGACAGCCUUAUCUCCUCCACCCUCAGCCUACUUCACUCUGCUGGCGCCUGAGAUGAACAGUGAGAAUUUCAGCCUGAGUGAGAAGAUCGUGUCGACCUCUUACGUUCGACAGGGAGUCAGGCGCGCCGCAGCCAUGAGCAAGCUGAUCAGACUCUUGCUGGAGAAGGUUACCGUCCUCAGCUUCAUGUUGAUCCAUGGCAUCGGUCGGUCAGGUGACAUCGCUGCCGUCCAGCCCAAAGCUGCAGGAUCCAGUCUGCUCAACAAGCUCACCAACUCUGUGGUGUUGGACAUCUUAAAGCUCUCAGGUGUCCGGAGUGUGGCCAGCUGCUUUGUAGUUCCCUUGGCAACAGGAAUGAGCUUGACUCUGUGCUUCCUGACCCUUCGCCACCGAAGACCCAAAGCUCGCUACAUCAUUUGGCCUCGCAUCGACCAGAAGUCCUGUUUCAAAGCCAUGAUCACAGCAGGUGAAAAUCCCAUCAUGGUGGAGAACGUUCUGGAGGGCGAUGAGCUGCGGACAGACCUGGAAGCAGUUGAGCGCAAGAUCGAGGAGCUCGGAGCCGAGAACAUCCUGUGUGUUCAUUCAACUACUUCCUGCUUCGCCCCGCGGGUCCCCGACAGGCUGGAGGAGCUGUCCAUUCUGUGUGCCAAACAAAACAUUCCCCACAUUGUGAACAAUGCAUACGGAGUGCAAUCGUCUAAAUGCAUGCACCUCAUCCAACAGGGGGCUCGUGUCGGAAGAAUUGACGCCUUUGUGCAGAGCCUGGACAAGAACUUCAUGGUUCCAGUAGGUGGCGCCAUCAUCGCAGGCUUCGACGAGUCCUUCGUACAGGAGAUCAGCCAGAUGUACCCAGGUCGAGCGUCCGCCUCUCCUUCCCUGGACGUCCUCAUCACCCUCCUCACCCUGGGAGCCAGCGGCUACAAGAAGCUCCUGUCAGAGAGGAAGGAGAUUUAUUUGCUGCUGGCUCAGGAGCUGAAGAGUCUCGCCUCUGCACACGGGGAGAGGCUGCUGAACACCCCACAUAACCCCAUUUCCCUGGCCAUGUCUCUGGAUGGUCUCCAGGCGGAGAGCAACGGGGCGGUGACUCAGCUGGGCUCCAUGCUGUUCACCCGGCAAGUGUCAGGAGCCAGGGUAAUACCGCUGGGCAAGGAGCAGACCAUCGGUGGACACACGUUCCGAGGCUUCACGUCUCACUCCGAUGCUUACCCGUGUCCGUACCUUAACGCUGCCUCGGCUGUGGGCAUCACGCGGGAGGACGUGACCCUGUGCAUGAAAAGGCUCGAAAAGUGCCUGAAGACCCUGAAGAAAGAGAAAAACAUGGCGAAAAGUAGCUUCCCUGUACUUCCACCGUGCCAGGAGGACACCACUGGAGAAUGACUAUAAUAAGAAAACAAAGUGAGUUCUUCUAACUGUGAGAUCUUCUUCUUCACCUCGUCUGGACUUUGUGUGUUUUUAAAAGGCUGAUGGAUUAUCAAUCCAGAUAUUGUAAUGAGGUCAAAGGCUGGAGCAACAGCUGGUGUGGAAACUUCCUCCAGGUGUUCAUUAAAACAAAAGUGACUCAGGCUGAUGUCACUGAUUAAUUCCCUCCUCUGUGAACGUGUCAUAAUUAGUAGAUAUUUUAAGGACGCUAAAUGCAUACAAAUGCUUCUCGGGAGCAUGUGGUUCUUCGUGAACACUUGCAUUUUCUGUUUAUGUUGAAAAAACCUCAUUUCUAAUGGCAUUUGGACUCAAAAUAGCUUGAGGAUGAACAAGGGGCUUUACUUUAUGUGUGUCAUUUCUCUUAAUUAAAACCAUCUCAAGCCUCCACAGUGCAGUGGAAUGUAAUUACCCGUGGUUCCUCUUAUUCUCUGCUAAUGUUAGCAGACACAGGCAUGCUUAAUGCGCCUUCUGCUCUUGGAAAUGCAUUAGGCCUUUCCAACUAUUGACAUAUGAAACAAAAUCGCCUGAUAAUGCAGUAUGUUGCAGCAUGUCUUCUGCAGUGUGAUGUAAUGUGAUAUAAAAACCGUUGAGCCAUUAUCUCCAUUUGAAGCCGGUGAAUUUAAUCGGCUCUUUUACUUUCAGGCAGCAGAAAACAAUAUAAUGAACAGAUAAUCGAUUUAGUUCAACAAACAUGGAUCACUGCUGUGUGGAGUAAAGGAAAUGUUCACCAAACCUGCUAUUAAGAAUUUAAGAUGUGUGUAGGUAAGUACAGUUACAUUUGUUGGGACCUUACAAAAGGCUAUACACACAGCCAUAAAAAGAUCUACAAUGUACCUUAAAUUGUUUUAGUUGGUCUAAGAAUUAAGGCUAUGUUUUGUUUACUAUAAAUAAUCCAUAGGGUCUUUGUAUGAUGUCUGGUGUGAGAACAGAACCACUUAAAAUAUAUUUUACACAUGACUUUCGUGUGUUACUUCUGUAAUGUCAAUAUGUUCAUGAAGUUAAAGCAGUCUUUAGUGUUUGCUAGCUUAAGAUACAUUUCAGUUUAUCAGACAAAAGGUAAGUUUAGAUUUUGAGGAAGGUACAUAUCCAAAGAAAAUACAUGAACUGUGCAGGAUUUUGUUGAUAUGGAAAUCAAACUCAAAUUCUUCACUCAGAGGAAAACGUGUCACCUGCAUUAGUUGGCAAACAUACAGUAAGCUCUGAUCUGAAAAGCUUACUUUAAAAGCAUUUUGUGUUUCCUAUAGUAACCCUGAUCAGUAGUUCUUGCUGCGUCAGUGCUGGGCCCAGGUGUGCUUUGGAUAGCAAAGUAUACAUUCAGCACACGCCGCUUUUUAAACUGUAGUUGUUAAUGCAGGUCUGAUGCAUGUGCAGCAGCCCAUCCACCCUGGGAGAGUGGACUGAAGUCAGAUAGAUGAAGGUGCUGGAUCAGCACACUUUCACUGUUCCCAGGCUGUAGUGUAACCAUUAACACAAUACAGAGGGAGUGCUCGGUACACGGCAGUACUCUUAAAAACACAGAAGAAGCAUUAUAAAAACAGCUUUUUGUUUUUUGUGGUAGCAAAUGUCGUCAGUCAGGAUGAAAUAAUCCUGAAUCAGUGCAUCAGCUGCCUGGCUCUCUGUCGUGCAAAUGUUGCUCUCCUGAUUGUUUUUGUCUUUUCUCUCCCGUCACCAGUUUGCAGGGUUUCCCAUCUUUGCUGAGGUUGCAGGGAUGCUGAGGGAGAGAGUCAGACACAUUAUUUUGUGCAGGCCAGUUUUAAAGGAACCCCCCUUCUAUUGAUCAAGCCUGCUGCAGUGUGUAAAUCAGAAAAGAGCUGCCACUAAGAGACCUGCACACGGCAUCACAGUCUGUUUUUCAUGCAAGCCAUCUAUCAGUGGCAAGCAUUGCACUAAGGAAACAGCUGAUGUAAAACAAACACGAGAGAUCAUGAAGAAAACAGGACACAUUAUGACAACACAAGUAACUAAUGGCUAGGCUUUAUAGUGGAAAUCCCACAUUGGCCUUGGCAGCUUCUGACUUAUAUAUUAUUGACUUAGGCCUGUUUUAUCUUUCUUAAGGUGUACCUUUUAAUGAUUACAAAAUCUUCACACAUUUUUACAUGAAUUUGCUCCACGAAGCCCUUGAAAAUUCUCAUACACAGAUGAUCAAAAAGUGGAUAUGUUUGCUUACCUUAUCUCAAAAGCCUAUAAAAUUAAUAAUCAUUAAAUAGUAUUAUUGUUUCUCUACAGCGUUGUACAUGUCUUGUCAGGAUCUGGUAUUUUUAUUGUAGGCAAACAAUAAAAAUGUGAUGUUUGGGAA